UCUGAGUCUGGAAGCUUCGCGUUCCCUGCGCUUCCGUCCUGCGCGGGUCUCGAGGGCUCUCGGGUGGUCUUGCGGUCCCUUGCCCUCUACCGGGGCUAAAUUUCUCGAGCUUCACUGCGAUUCACCCUGAGCUGAUUUGCCUCUACGUUAAGACCUGAGGAACUUGAUCCAGUAAUGAUUAAACCGCCCUGCAGAGCUGACAGCCAAUGAGGCCUCUCGCGUGCGCACACACCUUCGGGACCCGGUGCUCUCCUGAAUUUGGGGACAUGGCCCGCGGGAACUUGGGUGUAGGUUGGCGCUUGGCUCUGAGUCAUGGGCGCGGGGUGGGGAGGAGCCGGACUGCGAGGUCAGGCUGGCGACAGGGGCCGCCCCGACUGGAGGAAGCAGAGGUCUAGGCUGGAGGUGCCCAAUGAUGGCUGGGAGAAGCGCUUCCCGCGUUCAGCCGCUGCGUGCUGUCCUGUCCGCUACCAGCCACUAGCCAAGGCCUUUCUUCAAGGCUCCUCCAUCUGGAGCUAUUGGGCCCAUUGGUCCUUUCAUCAUCCCUCCCCGAGCUUCUUGUACCCUCCAAUAAUACCUCCUUCCUCAGGUACAGCCAGUGUCAUUGUUGGCCACCCUCUGGACACAGUCAAGACUCGCCUGCAGGCUGGCAUCGGCUACGGGAGCACCCUGAGCUGCAUCCGCAGGGUAUACAGGAGGGAAAGUGUGUUCGGCUUCUUCAAGGGCAUGUCCUUCCCCCUGGCCAGCAUUGCUGUCUACAACUCGGUGGUUUUUGGGGUCUUCAGCAACAUGCGGAGGUUCCUUGGCCAGCACCACUGUGGGGAGCCUGAGGCUGGCCCUCGCCACAGCCUGUCUGACCUGUUCCUGGCCAGCAUGGUGGCCGGUGUGGUCUCUGUUGGGCUUGGGGGGCCUGUGGACCUCAUCAAGAUCCGGCUGCAGAUGCAAACACAACCAGUUCGAGAAGCCAAUCUAGGUUUGAAAUCCAGAGCAGUUGCCUUUGGCGAGCAGCCAGUGUACCAGGGACCGGUGCACUGCAUUGUAACCAUCGUGCGGACUGAGGGCCUGGCUGGUCUGUACCGGGGGGCCAGUGCCAUGCUGCUGAGAGACAUCCCAGGCUAUUGCCUCUACUUUAUCCCCUAUGUGUUCCUGAGUGAGUGGAUCACACCCGAGACCGACACAGGGCCCAGCCCUUGCACCAUGUUGCUGGCAGGUGGUGUGGCAGGAGCAAUUUCCUGGGGGACAGCGACUCCUAUGGAUGUUGUGAAAAGCCGACUCCAAGCAGACGGGGUUUAUUUAAACAAAUACAAAGGUGUCCUGGACUGUAUAUCCCAGAGUUACCAGCAGGAAGGCCUUAAAGUGUUUUUCAGAGGCAUCACCGUGAAUGCUGUGCGGGGCUUCCCUGCGAGCGCCGCCAUGUUCCUUGGGUAUGAGCUCUCACUGCAGGCACUCCGUGGGGACCACAGUGUGACGAGCCCAUGAGCGCCAGGGUUGAUAUCACCUGAACAAGGCCUCAUUCCACUGCAGGUCAAUGAUGGCAGCAUCUUCAGAAUGAGUAACAGUGAAUUUACUGGAGUGAAAGAAGCACCUUGGCCAUCCAGGCUCUGAACCAGGUGGGCCCUCAGGUAGCAUGCUGGCCUUAGCACACCCUUCUUCACAGUUCAGGCACUCAGUCCUCACUUCCGGCUGGACUGUUGAGCUACUGCUUUGGAAGGAAGCAAUGGACCAUUGGCCAGGCAGCCACCAUCUAUUUUAGCUCUGGACCAGCACCACAAAAAUACUGGAGCAAAAUAGACACUGCCCCCAUGGCUGCUGUAAACGCAUUAGGAAUUUAUUCAGGAGCUGGAGUUAGCUCUAAGUUUCUAAAUAAAAGCAUUGUAAACCUC